GUGAUAAAAAUUUCAAGGAAAAAACACACACAACCUCCUUCCUCCCUUCCUUCAGGGAGGGUAGAGAGUUUGAGCGGAGAGAAAAAUCUAUCCGAGACAGAACAGGGACAGUGAGAAAAAUAUAUGAGUGGGAGAGGGAGAAGGAGGAGGAGGAGAAGGAGGGGGAGCAAAUUAAAAGUUGCCAAAUGGAGAUAUUGGGUUUCAAGCUGAGUGAGACAGGAGUAAAGGGUUUGCCUGUUUAGAGUCGUCUUUAUGUUAUGCUAAUCGCGAUAAUUUCGACGCUGCGUAGUCAUGUGUCAUUUUCGACGGAUUGUAGCCGACGUUUUCCAAAAUAGGUUUCGCCGACAUCGCGGCUAGCUAACAAGAACAGGCCGUUGUUGAGCGUUAAAAUGUCGCAGCAUGGAGAGCUGCCCGUCCAGAACACGGUCUGGUCCAAAAUAGCAGCCCGAUGGAAACGCAUCGGUUCGGCAUAUCGAGACAAAUGUGACGCUUUUUGUGCUGGCAGCGGAACCACAUAGCGGACAAGUGAAUUCCUCCCCGACAGAGAGAGAAAGAAGGAAAGAAAGAAAGAGAGUACGUCAGCGACCAGCAGCCACACAGGCUGGACGAAGGGCGUUGUGUGCUGCUUGAAUGCGAUUAUCAUUCUGUCGAUUCAGUCUAUUUUUGGAAAUAAAACUUGCAAGCUGAACAUUAGCUGGCUCCCUAACCCAGCGGCGGUAGCUCACAGCCCCAGAGACCGGAUUGCAGCAGGGACUAGCAUGGGUUCCGUCGAAGCAUUCAUGCUAAGGCGGAUUUCAGAAAAAAUUAACAAAUUCGACCUCUAAAUUGUGCACGGUGUUCAAGCGCUUCGUGAAAAUGUUUUUAUUUUCACAAUCUUGACGAGGAGAGGAGAUGACACAUUUAAACACAGCUUCAGGGUAGUUUUUAAAAGCUCGUUUUAUGCCAACAAUGUUGCUCUAGCUCAUCGUUUUCUUGAGCGCUGUUAGAGUGAAAUUUUCAAACGCUUACAUUUAAUGUUAGCCUUUACAGUGGGUUUACGACGACAUCUGGCUACAAAGCAAAACCAGUAGAUUCUGUCUUUAUCUUGAUUUAAAUUAAACGUUGCUGUUGUGUGGUUUUCCUCAUAUAGUUAAAGGCAUUUGAAAUCACACUGUCGUUUGAAGGACAAAUCAGCCUGUCCAUCAAGACAAAUAUGCUUCUGAAGACAACCUUUUUCUGUGUAUAAUAAUAUAAAUUGAUUUAUUUGUCAGUAUAAGUAAGGGCAGUCAAUGUAAACUGCGUAUUUUCACUGUAUCCCUGUCGUUCUUUGUUGUCCUGAAAUCAAAGAUGGUGGCUGAGCGUGUCUGAGCUAGAAAGACAGCCUAUGCCAUGGUAACAGCCAUUUUGUAGCAUUGCAGCAACAUUUUGCACAGACUCUCUAACACGUUUCCCCUGACUGACAAAGUACAAACACAGCCCUGCCUAUCAAAUACCAUUUAGUUUUAAUACUGAGAUAUUCAAAGAAAGUUAAGGGGUUUUGUGUUUAAAUAUUACCUCACACAUUACAGUCCCUCACUCUACUGGUUCACAAUAGUGUUCAUUGUCUCUAGGUUGUUUCCAUUUUAUCAAUAGCACUAAGAUGGCUGCACAUAUGCUGGCUGACAACAUAAAGCCACCUCUUAAAUGUACAACCUCAUAACAACUGCUCAUGGUAUAAAUGGAGAAGGGUGGAGUUUUACACUCAGUUGGCCAUUUUCACUGUGUGCAGACACUAAAGACAACCAAUGUGGGACAGCAGAGGAGGAUACUGGGUGGGAGUUCUGUAGAAGGGGAUCAAGGCCAUUCUACUCGUAUACAUUCUUCCCAUAACACUGAAUACAAUAUCUGCACCCCAUUGUUUCACACAACCUCUCCCCCUCUUUCUCUACCACACUGUAUCUCACACAUGUCAUUUUGUAAUCUUACUAAAUUCAGUUUCUCACCCUGCAGCCGAGCCUACUUCAGGAAAUAAGAUUAGAAGAUUAGAUGACUGAACCCAUGCUUCCUGCUGUUAAUCUGUGCCAUGGACGAUGAGGACGAUCGCCAUCUUCUGGAUAUUUUAGGGGAUGUAGAUGCAUUGAAUGACUAUCUCCAUGGCAACAACAGCAAGUCCAUUGAGGAGGAUGAUGUAACAAAUGCAGCAUAUGGAUCAGAUGGAUCUUUCUUUGCUAGUGAUGCAGCUGGCUCCAACACUGGACUCAAGGAUGGCUCUUCAUCAAUGGGUGAAUUCGGUGACGAUUCAGCUGGGGCAGGCCUCCAGCUCUCCAGCAGCCUGUCAUUUAUCGAGGAUGAAUUGGUGUCUGGAAACUCCCCCGGUGGUGGGGACCUUGGAGGGGAGGACCAGCCCUUUGACAUCCUACAGAAGUCUCUUCUGGAGGCUGACAUCACAGAGCAGACACUGGCUCAGGAGGCCUUACUGGAUGCCCAGCCUGCUCCCACUUUAGUGCAGGCUCCGGUUCCUUUCCCUUCGCAGCUUGUCUCUGGGGCUUAUGGAGGGGGAGUGGGUGUGGUUACUACGGCGGCAGCUGCGUUCCCCACCGGCCAGUUUCAGCUGCCCAAUGGCUCAGCCCAGCACAUCCAGUUGUUGGGCUCGUUUGGGGCCAGUGGGGGGGUGAUGACUCUGAGCAGCUUGGAGAGAACUCCUCAGAUUGUUUUAAGGCCAGGGGCGCCUGUAGGUGCUGCAGGGACCACAACAGGGGGGCAGGUGUUUGCUCCUACUCAAGGGCAAGUAGGCCAAGUUGGCUUACCUUUUAAAAACAUCCCCCUUCAAAACAUCAUCAUCCAGAGAGGCCCGGGAGGGACGCAAACUCUUGUCAGACCUAUCCAACCUAAACCUCUUCAAGCUGGGGCUCAGACUGUCUAUAGCCUUGGUCUUCAGCCCACUUCCAAUACAAUGGCAAAUGUAGUUAAUGCUAACACCCCUGGUGGGCAAUAUACGGCCAAUGGCUCCAUUGUAGUCCAGUCACCCAUGGAGCACCAACAAGUGCAGGCACCGACAAACGUACCACCUGGACAGUUCUUACUUCCCAGCUCUAUGGCAGUAACCCCAGGCAAUACCAUCCACAGUGGCCUCACAGACUCUAACUCAAAUACCCUAAUUACUAGUCAGAAUGCAGUGCAGAUUGUUGCAGGGCAGAACUUCACUGCACCACAAAGGGGUCAACUUAUUUUGAAUCAGGGAGUAGUCACUGGAUGUCAGGUCGGGGCAGGUGUGACCCAAACAUGGACAGGAGUGUCUUGUUCAAGCUCUGCUCCAGUGCAGACUUCAUGCGCCCCUGGGCGGCUAACUCUGGUUGGCCCAGCAACAGCAUCAGUUGUUGGUCAAGGCCAAGUGUCGGCAAGUCCUGUGCAGCGCCUUCUAGUCACUCAGACUCAGAACUGCACUGCUCUGUCCCCUUUACCUGGAACUGUGACACAUGAGCAAAACUACAGACAGAAUUCUAUAUCACCUACACUCAAACAGACACAACUCAGCAACAUUCAUGCUAUGAACACCAUGAUACAAGAUUCAACGCUAAACUCUCAGGUCAGUACGCUGAAGCGGCCUGCCCUUCAACCACUUACAAGAGAUGGAAUGAUUUUACAACAGCUGGUGAAGGAUCAUGCUGGAGUUCAUACUCCAGACAGACGCCAAUUCACCUCGGUCAGUGAUGCACUGCAAAGACUUCUCCCGUACCAUGUGUUCCAGGGGGCUCCACCUGGCCAGGACGAGUUCUCACAGGUAGACGAUGAAUUUGAGGUAGUUGCGACUCAAGUGCUGAAGAGGACCCAGGCCAUGGUGAACAAAUACAGACGACUGCUGCUGGUAGAAGCUGAGCGCUCAAGUCCAUCAUCAGAAAUGGUGAUGAUUGACAGGACCUUUAACCAGGAGGAACGAAGCAACCUGACGCAAGACAAACGCAUGGUACUAGUGGAUCCAGACAGCUUCUUGGAAGAUUUCUGUUGUGGGAUGAAAUCCAAACUUUUCCAAGACCCAGCCCCACCUCAGUCCAGCUGUAGUUGGAAUCAGGCAGACAGAAACGCCACAGAGCCUCCGCACAGGACAGACUCCCAGCCCGGGUAUGAAGAUCCGGGAGGGGGUGGGGAUGUAGGAUCAGGUGCAGCGGAUAGACUCCACCCUCAGCACUUAGAGAACAAGAGCGUCCUUGAACUAAAGAGAUCCCAGCAGCGCUGUGGGCCCAGCACCACGAGCAGCAACAGCAUAACUGCUGCUGACAGCUAUCACCAAGGUAACCCCUCACCUUUCGCAGCAACACCACAAGGACAGACACACUACCAAGAUUCCCCCCACUUGUCCUCCCAUCGGAUCCAGCCCCAGUACCCACCUCAGCUCACUUCACCCCCCCACCCUGACACAGACUCUGCUCUAGAGGCGGCAGUCAACAGUAUCCUGGAAUGUUAACACUGAGGCUUUUCAUAUCAUCCUCCAGUGUAUUGUUUUUUUAUGUGUGUAUGUUGUUCUGUUUUUUUUGACAAACUCUCCUGUUGUACUGUUUGUUAUACCACCACAAAAUGAUCCCUGUGUGAAGAGAGGUGAACUCUUCCGUCAGUUCCCUGGUCUUUGUGAGAUGAUCUCUGGCCAUGUAGCAUGUAUUUGCUUUUGUAUUUCUUUUUCUUUCAUUUUAAAGUAUAAUGUAGGAGUCAAGGUAAACAUAGGCACUGAAAAUGACCUAUAAUGAUCCGGGAAUUUGUGCAAUGCAAUGGACUGACAGAUGGAAAAAUUAUCUUCUUGUUUUUGUGAGCAUUAUUUUACAGGCACAGGGAUGUCAGUAGCUUGGAUGUAGGUUUUCCUCUCUUCACACACGCACACAUACGUACACGCGCCAUUAAUAUUUCGUGCCAGCUGAUUACCCCCCCUUACGUUUGCUGAAUGACCAGGAUGUGAAUGGGGGAUAAAAAUGACGACAGUGCCUAAUUGUAGGUUUUUCUUUUUGAAGUGUUUACAUGAAGAAGCUGUAUUCAAAAUGUUUCCUUUUGACUAUUUUCUUUCCUGUAUCACAGAAAACACAGCAAACACAUGCACAUAUGCUUUAGUACACUGUGUUCAGUAGAUUCACGGUUCCGAGGUGAGGGUUUCCUUUAGGGUUAGACAUUAGACUCAUUCACAUAGACAAAUUGCACUAAACAGACUGUUGCUUUUUUCAGGAACUGUAGGAUUGCAGCUGUCGUAGAUCUGCGGUGUGUGUGCUAGGCUGAACAGAAUGUGAACAUUUGUAACCAAACCAAGAUUUGCCUGCUUUCAGCUGCCUGCAACAAGGAUAACCUCUUAUACUAGAAACCAGUCAGACUAGUCACAAUGAUAAAUAUAGAAGUGUUACUGUACUCAGUC